GAAAUCUGCAUUAAACUCAGUUCCUAAAACCCCAGAACUGUUCGUGCAGACUCUGCAGAGAGAAGCAAAAAAUUGAUCUUGCCGGAGAAGAAAGAAGACAUUCACAUUAAUUCGAUAAGUAAAUAUGCAGAAGGGCUUCACUCUCCUUCAGACAAUUGCAAUUUCAGGUGUAUUUUCUGCUGUUUCUGGCUGGUAUGGGUUCAUGUUUGGGAGAGAAUCUGCUCGGAAGGAGCUUGGAGGUUUGAUUGAAGAUCUUCGAAAUUCAAAUUCUGACUCCGUUUCACCUACCCCUUCUGACUCUCAAGAGUAGCAGGUGCUAAGGAAAAGCAAGAUGAUGCGACUUUGGACGACAGUAGAGAAUGAUCCCUCAUUUCUUGUUGAAGCUGAGACAAUUGAAGGUACAUAGACGUUGGCAGGAAGCUCUUUGAGAUCAUGAGGACAAUUCAGAUUUCAUGUUUUUCUUGUUCUUCUGCUGGAAAAUUUACUUGUUCAUGAUAACUAAAUCACCUUUACAAUUGAGACAGAAGUCUGUAUAACGAUGUUCUUUAUUGAGAAGGUAGUGUAAUUGUGUUGGAUAUUGAAUGGUAAUUCUUGAUUACUGGCUUAUUUUGUCCAUUCCAUGCAACUAUUCAAAUUCUGCAGUAGAAACUCUAUCUGGUAAGUUUUAUGUUAGUAGUAUUUUGGUCAC